CAUAAUACCCCAAGCGAACGAACGCCAUUUUGAAAGCAAGGAACACGCUAACUCCAAGGAAAAAGACAAAAGAAUUAUUUCAAGAAACGACUACUACAUCGAAAGGCUUUAAAAUGCAGAACACUACACCCAACAAAACCACCAAUCAGCCUAACAAUAAAGAAGGAAGUGCCUCAAAAGAUCAGAAUAAAGACAACAUAAAAAAAGAAGCAACGCCACAUCACACUCAUGGACAAAAUCACAAUCAAAGAGGUUUUGGAGGAAGAGGACGCGGUGGCAGAGGUGGUCGAGGAGGAGGAGGAAGGGGUGGUGGAGGACAAAUGGGUGGGCAAAAUAGAGGACCAGGUGGAAAGGGAGGUGGUCAGCAUCAGGGUCAACAGCAAUUUGGUGGUCAUGGUGGUGGUGGUGGUCAUGGUAGUAAUUAUGACACAGUCUUCCUACCAGUCAAUGAAGGCCCCAAAGAACAGAAAAAAUUCACUGGAAGAUGCAGACUAUUUGUUGGUAACAUAACUCCGGAUACAACAGAAGAAGAGUUUAAAGAUCUGUUCAAACCAUAUGGUGAAAUCAAUGAAUGUUUUGUAAAUGGAGCUAAAGGUUUUGGCUUUAUAAGAUUGGAUUUUAGACACAACGCUGAAGCAGCUAAAUCAGCCUUGGAUGGACAAGAAAGAAAAGGUCGUCAUCUUAGAGUACGCUUUGCCAAUCAUGGAGCUGCAAUUAAAGUGAAAAAUCUCUCCAUAUCAGUUACUAAUGAACUUUUGGAGCAGUCAUUUUCACAGUUUGGUGAAAUAGAAAGGGCCAUAGUGAUAGCUGAUGAGAGAGGAAGAUCUAUAGGAGAAGGUCUUGUAGAAUUUGCUCGCAAACCUGGAGCACAGGCUGCACUGAAAAGAUGUACAGAUGGUGUUCUCUUGUUGACAGCAUACCCCAGACCUAUAAUGGUAGAACCUGUAGAUGUAAGGGAUGAAGAAGAUGGCGUUUCAGAGAGGUACCUGCCACGACAUGAUUCUAUGAGAAUGGACCGGGAGAAAGAACCAAGAUUUGCACCAAUUGGGUCAUUUGAGUACCGAUUUGCCAUGAAAUAUCGUGAGGUUGAUGAGAUGGAGAAGCAACAGAUGGAAAGGGUUAAGAAAGAAAUGGAUGAGAUGAGAGUCAAACUGGAAUCUGAAAUGGAGGGAGCUAUGUAUGAAUACCAAGCUGAACAGAUCAGAGCAGACUUGAUGAGACAACAGGAAGAAUUGAGAAGAAUAGAAGAAAUGAGAAACGAACAGAUGAGAAGACGACAAGAAUUUGAUUCAAGAAGAGAUGAAGAAAACCGAAUGAUACGUGAGGAAGAAGAGCGGCGACGGGAGAUGUUGAUGAGAGGUGAUAUGGGUAUGAGGGGUCCAGGAGGACCAAGGAAUCAAAUGGAACAGAGAGAUGGAAGAGGCAGAGGUGCUGGUGGUCCCCCACCAAUCCCUCCACCUCCAGUGCCACCCAUGGGAAUGGGAGGAAUGAACCAAGAAGAAAAUAUUCCUGGUGGUGAAGCUGGUGGCAUGGGUGCUCGAUACGGUGCAGGACAAGGUGACAUGGAAGAGACAGGACAUGUGGCUGUAGAUGAAGGUGCAGAACGAGCACAAAUGCAGGCAAGAUUUCAAGGAGGCAGAGGAGGUUUUGGUGGAAACGGAGGUGGUUUUGACAGAGGCAUGGGAAUGGGAGGUGGAAUGCAGGGUCAGGGAGGUAUGGGAGGGGGUUAUGGUGGUAGACCUGGUAUGGGACGGGGUGGGAUGGGUAUGGACAGAAGGAGAGAAGGUGCAACACAAGAAGACUUUGGAGAAAUGAAAAGAAUGCGUAGAUACUGAUUUUUUCAAGUGCUCUAUAUAAAACAGUUAUAUUAGGAAAUUCAUAUCCGACCAUUUUGAAGAUAAUUCUACACAAAACCAAGACUUAUUUUUGUAUUUUUAAUCACAAUAGACUUGCCGUAGGUAAUUCUCGUUUAACAUUUUAUGAACAUUUUCAUCCAAAUGAGAUGACAUCAUAACCAAUUCAUUGGAAGUAUUCAAGAUGAAGUUUUUAAAUCAUUUGUACAUAUAUAUCGUUUUAUUUGAUCACUGUUCCGCUAACAUUAUUUGACGUUGAAAUCUUUUGUAAUAUGUGAAUGUUGUCUCCUACAUCGUAAUUUUGGAACAUGGUAAAUCAUUUCAUGCAUUUGGCAUUAUGCUGUUUGUAAUUUGUGUGUUAGUGAAUGUGUUAAAAUCAAAAUCUCAAGUAUCAAUAUUGAUAUCAAAUAGUUUUGGGUCAAAGCAAGUUCCAGGAAGAAAGAAAAACAUUUGAAUCACAGGUCAGAUGUGUUGAAACAGUGAGUUUGAUAAUGGUAGAAGCUAAGAACAUUUUGAAAUAUAUUUGAUUUGUGAAAGUACCUCACAUAGUAUUUUGUGACGAGGACUGUCUUCAUUUAUUCAUUGUGAUAAUCAUAUCGUUGAAAUACAAACAGUCCUAGAGAGAGAGAGAAAGAAAGUGACAGAAACAAUUUUUUUUUAUGUGUAUUGUAUUUUAUUUUUGUUGACCAUACCUGUAAAUUUUAUUCAUGUCAUGUCAAAAAUGUCAUUAAACCAACAAAAACAGAAUUAAAAA